GUUAUCUGGCAGGAGGGGAACCCCCACCUCAGGGAAGACAAGACCUGCCUGAAGAUGGGGGACGAGCUCUUCUGGAGAGAAGACAUAGCGGAUGCUCUCUUCAGCAAUGCCUACAGCGCCCUCAUGACUGUUGGCGCUCUCAGCGGGGGAUCACACUUGCAAGUGGUCUACGACAAGCUGAGGGGGAGCCCGCUAUUGGCUUUUGAAAUGUGGGCAGCGUGCAAAGUCCGGUGGCAAGAAAAGCUUGGAGUCCCUACUGCCACGGUGGUGAAAAUCCUCGCUUCAAAGCCCACAAUUUCCCAGCGCUUGCACUCCUCACAGUUGCUACAGCCACCAACCACUCCGCUGGCACAAGCGGAGCCGGACGUGGGGGACAUGUUGCCAAGGCUGCGCGACCUGCUCGACGAGGGGACAAACCCUCGCAGCGCCGUGACCGAGACCCGCCUGACGCAGUACAUAUCUACAAAGCCCAACGAGCUUUACGACGCCUUCAACCUUUCCUGGAAGGGGAGAUGCAAGUGUUGGGGAGCCAAGCCCUCGCUCACCUGGGGGAGCGGAUUCGAGCACAUUGGGGAGAAGAAGUCCAACUACUCAGCAGCGAUGAGGUAUCAGGCAGUGUCGCGCGAGGCUUCUGUUCGGGAUAAGGUCAUGGGCCAGCUCCUGUCAGCGAUGGCAUCCAAAGCGGAGCCGAAGGAGAUCGGCGCCAGGGCCAGCGAGGCCCUGGCAAGGAUCAUCGCAGCAGAGGUCAAGCCGGACAGUGACGGUGGGGGUCCACCACCAGAACAGCCGGUGCAGCUGCCGUCUGGCUCUACCGGUGCGUUAUGCGGACUGUUUUUGGCAGCUUGCCGUGGCGAGGCCGCGAGCAAAGAAAUUGUGCCGCAAUUGAUGGCGCAACUCUCCUCAAACGAGGUCAUAGAGGCAAAGCAAGCGGCAGAGGGCUUCACAAGAAGCGAGCAGGAGUGCAAGAUCCCAAUAGAUGGAGUUGGCUGGUUAGCGCUUGCCAAGAUCCUGUCCCCAAACGACACGGUGAAGGAUUUGCCAGCAGCGCUUGUUGAAGCAGGUGCAAUACGAGCCGCUGCCAGUAUCAUGGCGCGCUUCAUUGAGGACAGCAUGGUGCAGUUGACCGGGAUAGAGGCGAUGUCGAGUCUGGUCGGCAACAGAUGGGCUGGUCUGCGAGCGUUUGCAGAUGUUGGGGGCAUGGAGCGGGUGGAAGAGGCCAUGCGCCACCACGGUCAAGAUGCACUAAUACAAACGAAGGGUGUGCGGGCGCUCGGCAGCGGGGUGCAGUGGCCACAGGAUGUGCAAGAAAGAGCCCGAUAUUCCCACAGACGUGCCAUCGACUUGACAAAGACGGCCAUGUCUCAGCAUGGCAUGGACGCCGAGUUGCAGAUCGCCGCUUUAGAGGCACUUGCUAAGUAUUUGGACAAGACUAGAUGUGUUUCUGAGAUAAAGGACGGAGGAGGCGAGGGCCUUGUGAAGAUGAUGAUGACUACCCAUCACUCAAGCGCGAAGGUUCAACAAUGGGGCCGGCAUGUUCUCACCGGCAUUGGGGCCGACCCAAACUGGGCACCAAAGACGAGUGCUGGGGCGAGCUGA